AUUUUUCAAUAAAUUUUAAGCAAAUGACGGCGUGCAAUACAUUGAAAUAUAUUGAUUGGACAUAUUUUCAGGUAACUAGCCAUGCAUGCCGGAUUCGAUGGUACAGCAGCGCCAUCAAUGGUGAGCAUAGUACCAACGAAUAUUGCUGUUUCACAACGUGAAAAAAGGCGAUUUUAUGUGAAGAAAUCAAUAAUUGGAAUGCAAGAAUUUCGGGAUUGGGAAGAGAAAUUGGGCGAUUAUUGGUAUCGCCAUCAUCACUAACAUCGAGAGCAAUACACAGAAGACCAGACGAUCUUGACGACCAGCGACUGACUUGUUUUAGAAAGUGAAUAACAUCGUGUAUUAUCACUGCAAAUAUGAACCUUGUUAUGCGUCAAUGAAGGCCAAAGUAAUGCUCGAUUGUGUACAGUUGUAUGUUACCGAAGAAGGACAUUCGCAUCCUGCUCCUGCUGAUAUGAUGGCACCGCCGUCAAAACAUAUAAUGGAUCCUCUAACGCGACAAACUGUAUCAGUUCAGAAACGAAAACAUAUGGAUGAGCAGUAUUAUACCGGAUUUUCAGCUGCGCCAUAUCCUCAACAAUUUUUGAAUGAUAUACUUCGUAUGCAAGGCGAUUUUAAUGGUGUUCAUGAUGCCAGUGCAACUGCUUGUUACAGCAAUCCUCAUGUGGCAUUUCAGAAUGGCGAAGCAUCAAAAGAAGGCAUCGAAAUAAAAAUGGAGAAUCAGGGUGCUACAACAUCGGAUAUGCGCAUGGAAGUGAUUUCGGCAGUCGCAGAAGUGGCAAAAUAUGCUCAAAAUCGGACAGCACAAAUGGAAAAUAGUUCACAGAAGAGUGCUGAUGGAAAUGGUACCGUGCAGCAAGUAUCGAAACCAAUUUCUGCUCAUUCAACAACCUCACCUAUUAGCUCACCCGAAGUACAUCCUUCCGGUAAUUCCAGCCAAGUGCAGCAACGGAAUGGAUUCUCGGAUGAAAGUGACAGCGACGAUGAUGAGUCAUCGGAUACGGAAAGUGAUGAUGCAAAGUGUUCUUCUUCCCAUGUUGGCCAAAAGUGCGGUAGUGGAGAUGUCGAGGCUGACAACGAUCUGUUUGCGAUAUUAAAGAAAAAAAUUGAAAGACAAGUCCCACGAAAACGUUUACGUUACUUGCGGCGUAUAAGACGGCAACUAAGUUUUUUUUACAAAUGCAUGAAGUGAAAGAAAUGUCGUCACGAUUACCACCAACAACAAAAUACGAAGAUAUCUUUGGGAAACAUCAGCAACAACAGCAUCAACAACCACAUCAGCAUCAACAACAACAGCAACAGUCACAGCAGUGAUUAUUAUCGUGUAAAUAAUUGUUCUUGUUUUGAGCUGUUCCUAUUAAUGCAAAGAUUUCUGGUCUCAUUAGUUUUGAAAUUUUAUGUUGUAAAGAAAAUAUUUGAGCCGACGUCAUCUUUCUUAUUAUUCUUCCUUAAUUUUAGAUCUAAACUUUAUUUGGGAUCAAAAAUAAUGGGAAAUUAGGGGUGAGUUUGGCUCAUAGGGGAUUGCUCUCUCUAUUUGAGGUUUUUUGUUUCAUUCAAAUACUUUAAAUUAAAAUUAAUUUUAAAUUUUUGUGACAAAAUAAACUUUGUUGCGGAC